UUUUCGCUGCUGCUGCUUAACCGUCGGAUUUUUGUAAAGUUGUUUUUCAAUAGUUCAAGUAAUCAGAAGUGUACCAUUUUUAUCAGAAAUUGUAGCUGAAACUUACUAUCAGCAGUGAAAAGUGAAAUUUAUUGAAUAUUUGCCAGUUUUUGCGUGGGAAAUUGUGUGAAAAGUCGGUCGGUCGGUGGUUGUUUUCGUUUGCUGUUUUUGCUAGUUUGUUGGAAGCCGCUGUCCUUGAGUGAAGCGAUUUUCUUCGGACGGUUGAUAUGUUUGUUUUGCCGGUUCGGCCGAAAAUUCCUGAGCUGUAGUGUUUGGUUUUGCAUGAAAUUGUAAUUCGAUGGAUAAUUACACGGAAAGCAGUGGAGGUGAUUCAUCACCCGACAUGAACUCCAGCGUUGAACUGCCGUCGCCGGAUCGUUCGAUUGUGAUGCCUCGAAAGUUGACUUUUGGGUUGUCUCCCGAGAAUGAUCACCUUGCAGGCGACUAUCAUCGUGCUACGUUGAAUGUUAGUCCCCGUAAACAACAAUCAAUAUCGCCUCCGUAUCGGAAAGUCCGAGCGUUGCGAUUGUUUGACUCUCCGGCAACACCGAAGACGAUCAUACAGAAGUCAACAAGUAAAUUCAUGAAAACACUCGCCAACGUUCCUUCCAAUGAUUUGGAUUCCCUGGUCAAACCGUUCGAUGCCAAUGGAACCAUCAUCCAUGAGAAGCCUCGCGCCGUCCCGUUGCAUCGGAAUUACGAUAAUUUGAUUCCUUCGGCCAAUGUGAACCCUUUUACACCACCGGGAAUGUUCAUGCGAACGAAAAAGCGAAUGCGAUCCGGUCUGGAAGGUGGGGAGACACAGCUGAAUUCCAGUUUUCCGUCGAUUUUCCCGUGCAACAAAGUCAAUCAGCCGCCGUUGCGGCAAACUUUCGGUUAUUUCCAAAGGUCAUGCAACGAAUCCCUGAAAUCGACAAGCCUGCUAGAAGACGAUUUCGGAGAAAUCCAUCAGGCUCCGAAGCGGUUAGCUCUGCAAGAUUCAAACAUUUCCCGAUACGAGAAAGAGUUCCUUGAGCUGUCCCUUCUUGGCGUUGGAGAGUUUGGAUUGGUUUAUCAGUGCGUCAACCGAUUGGACGGCUGUGUGUACGCUGUAAAAAAGAGCAUCAAACCUGUUGCUGGAAGUUCCUUCGAGAAAACCGCUCUGAAUGAAGUCUAUGCUCACGCAGUUCUCGGCAAACAUGACAACGUAGUCCGAUAUUAUUCUGCAUGGGCCGAGAACAAUCACAUGCUGAUUCAGAAUGAAUUCUGCAAUGGUGGAAGCUUGCAAACCUUGCUCCAAGAGCGCACUCUCAAAGAAUCGGAGCUUCGUAUGUUGCUGCUUCACAUCUCCGAAGGCCUCAAAUAUAUUCACUCGAACGAUCUCGUUCACAUGGAUCUUAAAGCUGGAAACAUUUUCCUCACCAAAGUGCCAAUCCGGCCGUCUUGCUCCAGUUUCAGCCAUCACCAGGCGGACAAUGCAGACGACGGAUUCGAAGAUAUUUUCGAAGAUCUAGAAAAUGAGUUCCUAGUUACGUACAAAAUUGGUGAUCUCGGUCAUGUCACCUCGGUGAAUGAUCCUCAGGUGGAGGAAGGCGACUGUCGAUACCUGCCGAAUGAGAUUCUCCAGGAAGACUUUUCCAACCUGCCGAAGGCGGAUAUCUUUUCCCUGGGAAUAACGUUAUACGAAGCAGCUGGUGGGGGUGCUUUACCGAAAAAUGGUCCUAAAUGGCACCAGCUUCGAAGUGGGGUGUUCCCUGAUCUUCCAGCGAUAAGUCGAGAGUUCAACGAACUGAUCAAGGUGAUGAUGCACCCCGAUCCAGAGAAGCGACCGUCAUCGACGACGAUUUUCAACCAUCAAGUGCUUUCGCCAAUCGAUUCUAAAAGUAAAGCGCAACUUUGUCUCGAGCUCAGCAUGGAACGGCAAAAGAACGAAGUUCUGAUGAGGAAGCUGAAGGAGCAGGGCAAGAUGCUCAAGUCUUAUGAGCAAGCACAAACUCCAAGUACCCGCAAAUGCCGAAGCAGUGCCACUCGCGAACUGACGGUAUCAGACCGUAAGCUACGAUCCUAUUCACGCAAGAAGCGGUCCACGAACCUAAUCACCACGCGACGCGGCAUCCGGGACAACAGCAAGAGCAAGGAAUACUGAACCUGGGAGCGCGAUAUUCGAGAAACAGAAUAAGGAUACCACCGAUCGAUAAUAAUACUGAAAGGCAGCCGACAAAAUCAUCGUGCACAAGCGAGAAAUUCUCAAGAAUGCGGACACUCAUGGCGUUAUACUCUAAGGAUUCAACAAUAACGCAAUCGGAUAUAUCACAAAAGCAGCACCGCGCAGACGGACAUCGAAAUUGUUUUAUAAAAUUUUAUUUUUGGUAUUUUUAUUGUUUUCGGAAUUAUCUUUCUACUCAAAAUUUACAUUUUACUUUUCUCACUUAGUUUUUCGAAUUUUUUAAUUUUCUAAAUUCUUUUCUAGUAUUGUUUUCUUUUCUUUCUCUAUUGAACUGCUAAGUAUUUGCAAACAGAACUCUUUUGUAUUUUAGGUUUGUCAGGAUUAAAGUGUUACACAGUUACAUUAUUUUGAAGCAAAAGUUGAACUAAAUUAAUCGUAAAUUUUAAGUGUUCGAAAUUGUUAAUGGUAAUCUAGAAAUAUGAAACCAACAUCAAGAUACAAAUGGAAGCUGUGAAACUUGUUGAUGAGAAGCGUGCCUUUCGAAAUGCGAACGAUCGGCUCGAACGAAGAAAGUAUGUUAAAAUGUGUAAAUGUCAAUGAUCAAAUAGCAAAUCCAAAACAGAAGGAAGAUGCACGGUUCGCUCUGAGAAAAUAGAGUCAAAAUGCAGAAUAAACUGCGGACGAAAUCCAAUGUUAACAAAAAGUGAAAAACGACGAAAAUUUUGUGAUUUUAAAAUAUAAGCACCAUCGUAACGUAAGAAAAGAAAAGUCGAUGUUCAAAAGGAUAAUUUCCUAGUUUGUUGUUUCUUUCAACUCAUCGUGGAAGAAUGCUAGGGUAUGAGCAGGUUUCAGUAGUUUGUAAAUAGUGUAUUAAGUUUCUUCCAAUAUUUGCCGUUCAAGCAAAUUUGAUAGGUUUCUCCAUCCACUUGCUCCAUUGCCAUAGAACUGAUCCUUAUUGACUAGUGUCGGGUAGGGGUUGAAUUAUGUCAACCAUUUUUGUGUUAGUCAUCGCUUCAUGUCUAAUGUUAGCUCGUAAGAAAACUGUUCCAAAAAGGGUAUAUUUUUGAUAAGUGAUUUUCCUAUAGAUAUCUAAUGAAAAUGUAAAACCAACAAAUGAAAAAAAGAUUUAAAAUAAAGAGAUAUGCCAAACACAAA